UCCCAAGAAUUCAUUCAAUCAACAACAACAAAAUGCAUAAAUUACAAUGGCGAAAUUUUUCCAUCCUCAUCAUUAUAAUGAUAUUUUUAUCCAUAUCAAUUUUCCAUAUUCCGGUUAUUCGAUGCUAUGAAAAAACCAUCCAAGAUAUUGCCAAAAAAUUCGGUAUACAAAUGCUUAAUAUUGGUUAUGAAAAAACUUGUUUUGCCAAAAUAAGCGAGAAUUUCCAGAAACAUCGUUCCGAAGUUAAACAAAUUGAUGCAUCUAAAUUAAUGAAUGAUAUGCGACAAGAAUUGAUACAAAUGUUUAGUUUAAAACAAGAAGCAGCUGAAAGGAUUGCAAUAGAAACGGAAAAAUUAGCCGAUAAAUAUGCUUAUCAGAAAAAUGUCGACAAUACUGUCAAUUAUUAUAAUGUUAAACGAAUAUAUGAUGAUCGUUUUGGUGAACCAAAUGUACCGGAUCUUUAUAAUUAUAAAUCAUUAGCCUUAAGUCAUCAUCCUAAUUUUGAAGAUUCAAAAGUUAAUCUUCAACAUAGCGCCAUUCAUGUGCCUAUCAAUGUUUAUGAACAAGCUUCCGAAAUACAAAAUGAAAUACAAUGGACCGAAACAUUAACUGAAACAUUAACAAAUAAUCUUGCUUAUGAUUCAUCACUUUCGUGGCAAUUUUUUUGUUCAGAAAAAGGAUUUUUACGUGAAUAUCCAGCAUUUCAAUGGAAAAUUGCCGGUGAUUCUACAACAAGAUCACCCGAUCUUUAUGAUUGUCGUAUGCGUCAAUGGUAUAUACAAGCGGCUGCAUCACCAAAAGAUAUUGUUGUUUUAUUGGAUACAAGUGGAUCGAUGACUGGUCUACGAAAAAAUAUUGCCCAAAAUGUUGUGUUCAAUAUUCUUGAUACACUUACCGAGGAUGAUUUUGUUCAAGUUUUAAAGUUUACAAACGAAAUAAAAUAUGUUGGCAAAUGUUUUGAUCGUAUGGUACAGGCUACUAAACGAAAUAUUCGGCAAAUGAAAAUUCAAUUGGAAGGUUUCAAAACAUCGGAUAUAGCUAAUUUUACUCUGGGUUUUAUCGAAGCUUUCAAAGUUUUGAAUAAUUUUGAAAAACAGAAAAAAGGUGCUCAAUGUAAUCAAGCGGUAAUGUUGAUAACGGAUGGUGCACCCGAAACAUUUGAACAUGUUUUCCUCAAAUACAAUCAUAAUUCGAAAAUUCGUGUAUUUACCUAUGUAAUUGGACGUGAAGUUACACAGAUACAGGAAGUAUAUUGGAUGGCAUGUAAUAAUCGUGGAUUUUAUGCACAAGUUGCAAAUCUUGCCGAAGUUCGUGAACAAGUUCAACAAUAUAUUCCAGUUAUGAGUCGACCGAUAGUAUUAUCAGCUAAACGGAUUUUUACAUGGACACCUGUUUAUGCACCAGUUUCGGAAAUUCAACUAACCGAUUGGAUAUGGGAAGAAAGAGUAAAAGCAAUGAAAAUGAAAUUUCUUAAACAAAUGCAACAACAAUCGAUACCGAUACUCGAAGAAGAAGAUGAUGAUGAUGUAGAGAAAAAAGUGAAUGAAACUUAUGUUACCGAAGUAAUUGUUGAUGAAGAUCUUCCAUUAUCAGCGGCAGCAGCAUCACAUUUACCGAAAACCGUCAAUAACAUCCAUAUGGAUAAUAUUGUUGAUAUUGAUGUUCUUCGUUUAAGACGUUCAAAUAUUGAACAUGAAAUGGCAAGAUUACCCGAAAGAAAAAAGAAAAUACCAUUACGAGUAACAUUAUCGACUCCUGUGUUCAAUCAUCGUAAAUAUAUUAAUAUUACACGAAAAAUUUUGGUUAAAAAUGUUUACAAAGAUUCGGAUCCAGAACCGAUACGUAUCGCUCAACUACAUGGUGUAGCCGGUAUUGAUGUUCCGAUACGUGAAAUUGAAAAAACUGCUUCUUCUUAUCAGCUCGGUGUUAAUGGAUAUUCAUUCAUGUUGACCAACAAUGGCAAAGUACUUUAUCAUCCGGAUUUUCGACCAAUCUUUCAAGAUAUGCUGAAACCAUAUUAUACAUCGAUUGAUUUGAAUGAAGUUGAAAUUUCCAAUCAAACAUCCGAAUUAAGGUGGAUGGAUCCGAUCAUAAAUACCGUCCGAAAUGAAAUGAUUGAAGGAAUUAUAGGCCAUCAAAAAAUAUUCAUAAAAACACAUCUGGAUUAUAUGAAACGACCAGUGUUCAAAUUGCAACAUUAUUUUUAUGGAAAAAUCGAUAAUACACCAUUUAGUUUUGCAAUUGUUUUGCCCGAACCAUAUGGUUCUUAUCGAUUUAAAGGUCAAAUCGAUCUAAAAAGUGAAUCAAAACGAGAAAAUUUUACUAGAUUUUUCGAAGGAAAUAAUUGGCGUAUUCAUCCGGAUUGGAUUUAUUGUGAAAAUCCACAUAAACUAUCCGGAAUUGUGCCUCAAACACCGGAAGAUGCUAUAUUACAAUUUCUUAAUUAUGAUCUAGCUACGAAUUCAUUUGUAUUUAAAACUUCUAAAACUCCAAUGCCACGUCGUUAUGAUAAUGUUACAUGUGACAAGGAUCUAAUUCAAAGUUUAAUAUUUGAUGCCAAAAUGACACAUACAUUUGAAGAAUGUAGUAAAUUUAGUUUACAAUUUAAUCAACAAGAUCAAAAAACCAUCGAUAUUGCCAGCGUAUUUGUAUCGACAAGAAGUGGAAUAACAAGAUUCAAAACUGUUGAUGAUAAUUAUAUUGAUAAUAAAACGGAUAAUGAUCUAUUUACUCGAUCAAUCGAUGAAGUUUAUUAUCGUAGAGCUGUCGAUUUUUAUUAUAAUGAUAGUAAAGCAUUUGUAUAUUCAAUACCGUUUGAAGCCGGUUAUAAAGAACCAAAUUUUUUGGUCACUUCUAGUCAUGCUAUAUUUGUUGGUAGCGGUAAAAUGAGUGCACCGGUGGCUGUUGUCGGAGUACAAUAUAAUUAUUCAUCAUUUUAUUCAACAUUUUUCAAAAUUGCCGAUCAUUAUAAAUUGAAUUGUUUGUCGGAUGAAAUCAAUUGUUUUGUAUUGGAUAAUAAUGGAUUCAUUAUUAUCAGUGAUAUUUAUAAACAUGCUGGACUUUUUCUCAGUGAAAUUAAUGAUGAUCUAUUCCAGAAUAUGGUUCGUGAACGAAUAUAUAGACGAAUAAAACUAUUUGAUUAUCAAGCUAUCUGUAUUCGAACAACACCGUUUUCAACAUCAACGUCGAAUUGGCUUCAAACACCAUGGAAUCAUUUUAGACAAAUUCUUUCCUGGUUUGCAACCAAUCUUAUCACCUAUUUUACAUUAUUAUUCAACAACUAUUCAUUUGCUUUGGAUAACCAUAUAGCGAUGAGUAUGGAGGAGACGGAUUACGAAACCGAUUCAUUCGAUAUAAAAUUCAACAAAAGUAAUCCAAAACCAUGCGAUAAAGAACUAAGUCUAUAUGAAUUGAUUAGCUUUAGUAAUCAAACGCGUAAAUAUUCCUAUACAUGUGAGCCAGGCAUAUGUACAAGAACAUAUUAUGUACAAAAUAUUCCACAUUCAAAUCUUAUUCUGUUGGUUCUUUUGAAAACAUGUCAUUGUUUUGAAAAAUCAGUUCGUUUUGAACCGAGAGACAUUGAUGAUCUUACUGAAGAUGAAUCCUGCAAAACGUUUCGUGCGGAACAAUUUCGUAAAGGACCAGAUGUAUGUUACAAAGAACAUGAACAGGAAGAAGAAAUUAAAUAUUGUGGUAAAGCUACAAUGUUACAACAAUCAUUUGUAUUGAAUUUAUUGUUGAUUUUCCCAUUGUUUUUCCGGCAUUUAUUAUUGCCAGAAUUGUAUUUAUUUUGAUCAUCAUCACUUGUUUUGAUUUAGUUUCAGGUGUGGUUCUUAAAAAUGUUGUUUAUAUUGAGUGA